AUGGUUGAUACGAAGAACGUGCCCAGCCAAUAUGACCACCAAAAAGUGUGUUGUCUCCUUCACAGCUGGCUGACUCUGGAAAACCUAGCUUCAGAUAAACAUAAGAGUCUUAUUAAUCUCGUUUACGAUGAUUUAUUUCGAGUUUGUAUUCAAAGAUCUGUUGUCAACAUAUGUUACUUUAAGAAUUUUGAGUUCUCAAAGCUAAAACUGAAAAGGUACAAACCUUUAGACUUUGAUUACAUAACAGAAGAUUUACAAGAAGCUCUGGUACAUGUAGAUCUUGAAAUAUUUCCCUUGACAGCAAUUGACUAUGGCCAUUCUUCUAUAUUUACAUCAGUAUCAGGAGUACAUAAGUGUCAUUGCGAAGAAAUACCUCCAUUUGUACCAAAGUCUUCAGAGAGAGCAGAACUAAAUGGGUAG